UUUUGUUCUUCCUAAUUUUCCUGUGUUCUAGGCCGACCCAGAAUUGGAAGCGAUUAGGCAAAGAAGAAUGCAGGAGCUAAUGGCUCAAUGUGGCAUGGGAAGUCAGCAAAACUCUGAACAGCAGAAAGCCCAGGAGGAAGCUAAGAGUGAAGCAGAGGAACAACGACAAAUGAUGCUUAGUCAGAUUCUCACAUCUGAAGCACGAGCAAGAGUUGCUCGAAUAGCACUGGUAAAACCUGAGAAGGCCAGAGGAGUCGAGGAUGUUAUUCUGAGAGCUGCACGUGUGGGUCAAAUAACUGAGAAGGUUUCUGAGGAGAAACUCAUAUCAUUGCUUGAACAAAUCAAUACCCAAACUGCUAAAGAAACCAGAGUAACAAUUCAGAGGCGUACGAGCGUUCUUGAUGAUGAUUAGCCUAUUUCAACUUUCUGCCUCACUUGAUGUAGAGUACUUUGAAAUUAUUGAAGAGAUGUAACUGUGGUUGAAUAUGAAAUUUUUAUUUUCUAUUAUUAUAAAUAUCCCUCCUCUUUAAUGUAAACAACAUUUUAAAGAAGUCAUUCAUCCUAUCUAGUUUUCAUAGAGUUGGAUCUUUUGUGAUGAGAAGAGUCGGAAUGAAUUGAAUUACAGCAUUCCUUAAUAUCUGGUGCCUCUUUUCUUCUA